AUGACCAGCAAACCGCAACCAGACAAAUUGGGAAGGAACAUGAAGGCGCUGCCAUCGGCUAUGUGGAACAGAGCAAUACCGGAAAAUGACUACAUUCAGCUCGGCACCUUGCGCUACGGCGUACGUCUAUCCAAUACAGGACUGUUGGAUGGCGGGAAACCGGGCCACGUGACCGAUUUGAACGAGGCAAACUCCCGCGCGUCUGUCAAUUCCUACGAGAUCGCCAACGGUGACAACAGUGUGCACAGCGUCGGGGGCACGAACAGCAUUAGCAGCAAUGGGGAGCAACCGAACUGCUGCUGCAUCGGGUCAAGCGGUGUGGAAAUGCCCUGGACUAACAGCAGCUACGCCCGCACCAAACUGCCAGUUCCUAGUAGCCUAACUAAGAAUAGAAAAUCAUCUCCCUUCGCAUCGACAUCGGUUGGUUCGUCCGGGGCGGAGGGCCAUCAGCAGCAGCAGCUGCCGAGGUAUCCAAUGUUGGCGCCUGGUCGAACCAACAACAACGGGACCAGCUUCAGUCAGUUAGCGCAAUCGCACGACCACGGAAGCGACGGUUACACUUGCGGGGCCGAACUGUUGGCCGACUCGAGCUACGGGAACGGCGUCACAAACAACAGCAGCAGCAGAGUUGAUAGUGAUCACAGCAACUACAGCAGCGUCAACAACGCCAACGGUCGCCAUAGUAGGCCGGAUCGAAGCGACAGUCAGGACCAUCGACAACUGUUGGACGAGACGGUACGGCAGCUUCAGCAGCAGCAAGAAUCCUCCCCAAGAUGUUCUACGGUGGUGUGCUGUUACAGCAACAGCUUCGGCUCGGGCACCAGUAGCAGUAAGAAGCAGACCAGCAGCGAACAACGGUUGCAAGAAAAGCACCACCAUCCACCAGAAAAGCAGGAACAUUCAGAAUCUUCCGUCCCGAGUGCAGGUUACCAUAACGCAAGACGCAAACAGCAGCGGCAUGAACGAUCGAUUGGAUAUUCCGCCACCGCGCUAGAUCGGCCUGAUGGAGCGGAAUAUCUGGGCAGCAAUGGGCAGCACAGCACUGGCAGCGGAACGGCCAUAAGCAGCGAGUUUGAUGAUGCGAAUGAUGCCGAUGUGGAUGAUGAUCUUUCGGCACUGGUUAUUGUUGGUGCAAACGGUGAACUCGACACGGCGGACGGUGGCGGUGGCGGCACAAUAUCAAGUGGCGGUGACUAUCGGAAUGGGGGUGAUGAUUUAAAUUUAAAUUCGAAAAACGCACUACGACAGCCGCAUCUUGUGCCGCAGUACGGUUGGCCGGUGCAGGGACAGGGCGGAAGAAAAGAUGUGAACAUAAAUAAUUUCGAGAAAAAGAAAAUAUCAGCCGAACUGCACGGAGGUGGUGGACCGAACUCCACCAGGCCUGUUAGUUCCCGGUCCGGUGAUGGUGUUGGUGGUUGUGGGAGAAAUCAUAUAAGAAAAAACCAUUCCUCCAGUGCGUGCGGAGGCACGGAUCUUGGCGCAGACGAGCUAUCCUCUACGUCCUCUCUGUCUCCACGGCCUGCAUCACCCACGCAACCGCAAACGGCUGUUGGUUGCAUCCUGACGCAUCCCGCACCGUCCGAGAAUCUGGGUGCAGUGUCUCCAUACCCGCUGCAAGCACAUCCACCCCCGGUUGCGACCCCGUUUGCGCAGCGCCGUCGAGUGUUGCAGCCUCCGUCAUCGUUACCGGUGGUGAAAUCGUACAGCUUUCAUCGGGUUCCAUCCGAUGCUAUCGGGUACUGUUCACCGACGCUAUCCUCCAGAUCCCCAGUCGGUGGUACCGGUGACUGCAAUCAGCUGUUCGAUGGUCCGUUGCUAAACAGCGCCGGCAGGAAUAGAUCGUUUCGCAGUGCAAACCACGCAAGACGGUUGCAGUACGGGUAUGCGGAUGAUGCCUUCCGAGCAGAGAAACAGAAUGGAUUCAUUCGGGAUGAAAUAGGCGGAGAAGCGUUGUACUUUCGUCCUAACGCAACGCGCAAAUCAUCCCUGCCGGUGUUGGCCAGUAGCAGCACGAACUACCUCCCAGCAGCUGGCAACGUCCGCAACCACAAGUGUAGCGAUGCAAUCAACGAAAUCCGGCUCCAAUCGCUGAACAAGUACUGCAACAAGCUGCUGGGCGGGAUCGCGAGCACGGCCACCGUCAUCAACACCCCGUUCCGGGGUGGACUGGUGACAGCUGCUAGUACCGACGCCAACCCGACGACGGUCAUUGGCGGCACCCACGGUCGAACGCAACAGCGUCCGAUCGAUGAACUGGAGGAUCUUAGUUUCAUUGACUCGUCCGAUCUGUCGUCGGCCGGGGACGACAUCCACAUCAACGCCGCGCUCGCUGGCAUCGAGCGCGAGGAUUACGCGCGGUGUAGGACGCCGCGCAAACAGUACCCAUCGCUCAUCGCCGGCCCCGUGUACGGGGGCGCACCAGCAGCCGGGGGAUCGGGGGGUGAUGGCACGCUGCCAGCAGUGGACAGUGGUAAAACAUUAGCAUCAGCCGCGGCCGCCAGUGGCGCGAAUCAUCGAAACAAUUACAUCGACUCGUCCUCGGACGAAGUGAACGGUGUGUGUAGUGGUGUCGGGCAGCUAACGCUCGCCUGCGACGGUGCCGAAUCGCACCGACGCAAUAGUGAGGAACGGUGGCGACCAGCACACCGACCGUCGGUAGUCAAGUGUCGUACGCAGUGCAACCGUAACGACAGUAACGCCAACGACGACUAUCCGGUGGGACGGUACGGUGCUGAGUUGCGCUUCGGUGGUGCUUUGCAAUCGGCAUCCACGCUCAUUACUUCGUUGGCGAACGGAAGUGCGCUUUGUGCGGGUAGUAGUGACAUUGGACACGGUGAUAGUGCCGCUGCACCGCAAGGAGUGUCGAUCAGUAGACGCAGUGAUAGCAAUAACAACUACCACCGGAAUAGUGGUAACGGUGAUAGUGAACAGCAACAUCAGCAUCAGCAGCAUCAACAGCAACAACAACAGCAGCAGCAGCAGCAGCAGAAAUAUACUACUGUGUCGUCUAAUAAUAGCGCUGAGAAAAGUGUCAGUGUCGGUGGUGUUGGUGGCGAACCCGGACGGCCAGGUGGUAUCGGCGAACAGACGCCGUUGGGCGGUGCGGCGACGGAUGAUAGCUGCCCGCCACCAUCGUCGCCCUAUGCCGCAGUCAAAACGCUGGGGUACGGUUCUGCCUGCUCGUCGCCGGACAGCUCCCCUGCCCAUCACGCUGGGUUAAACUGCUUCGGAAGGAGCACCACUCAAUUCCAUGCUGCGUGUAGCGGUACAAACGACAGAUCGAUAAUGGAAAAACGCAACAAUACGCUGGAUCGUUUGCAAAGAUUAGUGAAAAAGACCACCUCCAGUUCGUCCGACAAGCAAAACGCCAGUGCCGCAGCAAACAGUGCCAACGCUGGUCCAGCUGCAACCAAAACGGAACGACUGCGCGAACUGACGGAACUGUUGAAGGGGAAUAGAGCGCCACCAGUGCCGCCACCGCGACGGUCCAAACAUGCCCACAGUGUCGAGCGUACGCUCGAUCGACGUAAUACGGCCCUGUCCACAUCUAGUCUCAUCGAUACCAGCUUCCUUCACGGUGCGGAAUCGACCCUGCCCGAGUCACAGCUGCUGAAGGCGAAAGAAUCACGCUCGGUGGACAUACCGUACCGGUUUGCGGAUGGUAGCGGACAGCGGAUGUCAACACCGAGCUCACCGCUCACCGAGCACAGACCGGUCAAUCUGCGAGCGAACGUAAGCACGUCCAAUUUGGAAGCCUUGCACGAGCUGCCGCCAGUGAGGGCGGUUGCGGCAGAUGAAUGCAAACCGGAAGCCGGCACGCUGAAGGAUGACGACGAGCUGUUUACAAAGCUAUCGCGACCCAAAUCCCGCACAAUAGUGGGAUCGUACACGCAGAAAACGAUUCCAUUUCGUAGCGCUUCCUUUUCGCAGGUGGACUAUUCGUCGGGCAAGUACAUCCGGUCCGCGCUGGGUGCGCUCAAGAACAGCAUCUUGAAAAGCAAGGAUCAGCAACAAUCGAGCGUUGAUAGCAACACGAUACCCAGGCAGUACUGUAAGGUGGUUGAAGCUGCCCGAAGCUGCAGUCCGACGGAGCUGUGUGGGAGUCAGCCGGCGCAGGAGUCGCCGGCGGCACAACCGGACGAUACGGAUGUGGCAAAGCUGACGAUCAAGAAGACGGAAUUGAACAUCAAUUUGGCACCGCUGGAUGAUUAUGGUCGGUACCAUGAAGAACGGCUCGAUGGGAAGGAUCUUGCCUCGAACCGGAACUCCGACAUUGAAACGAUCGUCGAAGAUCCGGUGGCGGAGCAUAACGAGAAUGUGGAAUACGAAGGGUGUGUAUCGCAGCAGGCAAGCAUCAGCGUGAUGCAGGCAUCGGAAAUGGUGCUGGAAUCGCUGGUGGAGGAAGGCAUUCCAAUAACGCCGACAUCCCUUUCCAAGGACGAUGAAUGUCUGCAGCAGGCCACGACCUGCUUGAUCCCUGUGCCGGUGUACGAUUGUGUCGUGAGCGAAUGGAGUACGGCCCGACCUUCCGAACAAUGGAUCGACGCAUCGACGACGGAGUAUGGCAAGUUUACCGAUUGUUUGGGUAGCAUAAAGGAGGUUAAUGAGAGUGCCAUCAGCGACGCACCCGUGCCAGGCUCUGAUAUGUUUUCCACCGAGCUUUCCGCAGAAGAAAAUUAUCACCCGGAAAAGAUCACCGUGGAAACCCCGCCGCAAAUCAUUGAACCGCAGGAGAGCGUUGAACUUUCCGAGGAUGGUGUUGGGUCGGAUGGGGCCGCCGAUACGAACGAAGGUAGCAAUGGGUCAGACGAAGGUAUGAUGAUCUGCACACCGCCCGUUUCGAUUAUUUGCACCGAGCCGGAAAGCAAUGAGUAUACCACGAUCGUAGACGGCAGCGCAGCAACGCACAAGGUGUCCGUGGUGCUGGGCGACGGUAACGAGGUGGAGGUAGUGGAGGUGCGGAAACGCCACAGCAAUAACGAAGAUAUGGGCGAUCCGCAGAACUGUCGGCUGUCGAACGAUGUGGAUGAAAAGCGGCGUCUGGAGUCGCGCAAAUCGCGCCGGAAAGGUAUCUACAUCCAGUGGCCCGCAAUCGAUGGAAACAACGAGCUGGAGUCGGACCACAACGAGAACGGUGGUACGGCGGGGGACGAUAGUAGCGUCGGUUGGAACCCGCAGCAGUUGGGACAGGUGAACGAAAAAGACUCCAGCCUGGAUCUUAGCGGCGAUAGUUUUACCGAUCUCAGUGGAAAGGAAACGGUGGAGUAUGGAAAGGAGCGUGCGAACGCAGUACACUCGCCCGACCGGUAUCUGCUCGAUCCGACCACGCCGGAUUCCGACCCGGGUAAACCGAUCUGGCCCAAGGGUAACCGUCGGCAGAGUCUCACUUACCAGAGCUCCGACGAGAAGGAUGAUACAUUGCCCGCACCGGCAUUGCCCGUUCGGACGCUGAAAACGCUGCUGCUACGGUCGGACUCUGUGUCGGACAAUGAGAGUGAUCGCGCAUCGUCGCGUGAUCGCACCAGCGCUUCGCCCGCACCUGGCGGAGGGGAUUCGGAUCUGCGGCGCUACUCAAAACGACCCCUUCGCGGACCGUACGGCCAAAUGCUGGAAGCGGAGAUGAAGAAACCAACGAGCAAGGUGCAGUACAACGAAAUCUUGGAGGAAUUAACACGAAACGAAGGCCACAACGCUAAUCCCAGUGCACCGAGAAACCGUGGCGCUGGCAGUCAAUCAAUGGACGAAACGAACGAUCGACAUGCAGCGAAGGCUGGUUCGAAGCCGCGAAAAACAAGCGCCAACCUGCCGGUCCCGACGCAUGUACGGACUGCUUCUAGCCCGUCGAAGCUGUCCGAUUCGUCCAGUUCACAUUCCGCCAGCCCAUCGAAGCGCUACCUCUGCAACGUUGAGCAGCGCAGCACGGAUUCGGAUAAGUCGGAAAAAUCCAUGGCCAGCGGUGGUAAGCUGGAGAGCAAAAAGCUUUCGCUCGACAGCCAUCUUACGGAGAAGUGUUUGCGGCGCGGUGGCUCCGAUGGGCACGAGAAGCCGAACAAGCAGCGCAGCGGAUCGAGUGCCAGUGAGAAGCAGCAGAAGCGCAGCUUGGAUGAGGUACGGCUGUCCCAGAACAGUCGUACGCCGUCCGAGCGCAGCUUCACGCUGUUGAGCACACCGGAAACGCCGAAGGGUUUGGCCGCUUCGCCCGAGCUGUUGGCCGAGUUGCUGAAGGGUUCGAGCGAAAAGCUAAUCACGGAGCAGUUGACGGGCGGCGGUGGUAAUAGUGUAGGGAACGCUAGCAACGCCCUACCGUCGGCUGUGCUGAACUGUUUGGAUACGCGAACUCACGUGGUCGUGGAGCUCUUCAACACGGAAAAGUCGUACGUGGAAUCGCUGCAAACGAUAGUGCUGAAAUACCUAAAUCAGCUAAAGUCACCAGAAAAUUCGGGCCUGGUGGAUGUCCAGACGGUGGAUGAAAUAUUUUUCAUGGUUCCAGCCAUACUGAACAUCCACGAGCGAUUUCUGGAGGAGCUACGACGUCGGUUGGAUUCCUGGGACAAGAUGCAGAUGAUUGGCGAUGCGUUUGUGGACGUUUUCUCCCGACCGGUCAUACUCGACACGUACACGGCGUUCGUGAACAACUGGAACAGGGCGAAGGACGCAAUCCGGAGUGCGAGACAGAAGUGUCCCGCUUUUGCAAGGUUUCUAGAAGCCAUGGCCCGGGAACACAAGGGAAAAUUAUCGCUGGACAACCUGCUGAUCAAACCCGUACAAAAGUUUCCAAACUACGAACUUAUCUUCACAAGACUGAUUAAGCACACGGACGUGACACACCCGGACCAGAAACCGUUACAGGAAGCUUUAAAGUUAGUGCACGAUAUACUGAUAUUUCUGAACUGCAAAGAAAAGGAGGCGCUGGAAAAUGGACAACGCGAGACGGCACUGCGCGAACUGGAGGGUGUGAUCGAGGGCAUGAACGAUCUGGUGACGCCGGAGCGUGCCUUCCUGCUGUUCGACCUGGUGUCGAUGCCGUCGGGACAGGUGACGCGCAAGGAGCGAGGAUUUUUCCUCUUCAACGACCUUCUAGUGAUAACGAGCAUUAAGCGAAGGAGCGGAACCAUUCGGAAGACCAACAUGACCUGCCCGGGAAGUGUUGCGUCUACGCUGGAUACGAACAAGUACAAGUAUCUCACGAAGAUAUCGUUGGACGAUUUGGAAAUAGUCAAAUCUAAAGACGAAAAUGUUAGACGCAUCAUGAAGGAGAUUGAACACCUUUCGGAAGAUAGCAGUAAGCUAAUUGAGAUAUCGGACAAAGCCGCAAGCUUACGAUGUCCUCACGGAGCCUUGGAGGAAGCAAUUCGUGAAUUACAGCGCGAAGUUCAGCGGCAGCUCGCGGAACGGCAAACCAACGAUGCGCAGUUGAACGUACUGGAGCUAACGUGGAACACCUCCAACGGUAUCCAAAAUAUGACCGUGGUGUUUUCGAAGCCGGAAAAGCGCACCCAGUGGGAGGAAAUAUUUGCGGACGCAAAGCAGAAGCUGGCCAACAGCUUGGAGAGAUGCCAGAUACCGGACUUCUUCGUAUCCGUACCGAUACGCAAGACUCGGGCUGGGCUUCAAUUCACGUGUGCCUCGCCGACGCUCGGUGUGCAGAAGGACGUAUGGGUGUGCAACAGCGAUGGGUACGUGGGGCAGGUUUGUGUGCUCAGCCUAGUGCCGGAACCGUCCGUCACGAGCUGCAACGGUGUGUGCAAUGCGCGGAUACUGUGCGUUUCCUCCGUACCGGCAAACGAAGAACGAGCUUCAAAUUCGUCACUGAUGAAUGUGAAUAUAUCAAUUGUGGAUGCGGCUAUGAACAGUGUGCCGAGCAGACCGAACAAUUCCGUGGCACACUCACCAUCCAAAUCGGCCGAACGUAAGGGUUCGUUCAAAUCAACCGAUGGCAGUACGCAACGGACGGUGCCGAACAACGAAUCUAACGUUCAGCUGGAUUCGGGCAGCUCAAGUGAAGAUUCCGACGCCGAAAGUCAACCGGACCGGGUAGCUGGGACGGGUCAGCCGUGCGCCACCACCUUGACACCCAACCAUCGGCAGCAAGAUUCGACGGCCAGUACGAACGCGGUGGACGAGUCGGAAAAUCAGCAAUCGACCAUGUGGCUCGGCACGGAGGACGGCUGCAUACACGUGUACAACUGCACGGAUAACAUUAGGAUCAAGAAGAACAAGAUAAAGAUACCGCACGUCAGUGCGGUAUACUCCAUACUGUACUUAGAUAACCGUGUGUUUGUAUCCCUGGCGAAUGGUGAUAUUUGUGUGUACUCCAGGGAUCGCAAUGGGUGGAACGUAUCCUCUCCGCUGACAGUGACCGUUGGCACCGUUACCAAUCCCGUGGUGAAGCUGCUGAACGUACACGGGAAGCUGUGGUGCGCAAUACAGGGAACUAUAAAAGUAUUAAACACGAAAACUUUGCAAAUCGACAGCCAAAUUCAAAUUUCGAACGACUCAAAACCAAUCACUAAUAUGACAGUAUUAAACGACUACGUGUGGAUUUCGGUGCAGAACUCUGCCCACAUCAAAUGUUGCCAUCAUGAAAGCUUUGAGAUAAUAUUUGAGGUAAAUUUAGCACCAUCCGUAAAUAAGAUGCUUUCGAACUGUGAUGAUAUCAUACGACAGCACAAAGCCGCCUGCCUGCGCGUCACUUCCUUGCUGGCGUGCAAGGAUCUGAUCUGGGUUGGAACGAGUGCCGGUGUAUUGCUAACAAUAGCCGCCCACAAUGUGGCCAAAGGAUCAUCGUUACCGGCCGUGACGGGGCUUCCGCACGGCCAUACAGGGCAUGUACGGUUUCUAACGUUCGUGGAAUCACCGGACGGCGAUACGGAUCUGGUGCCGGAUGGUGGCGUAUCGUCCGCUGGCGCACAAAACCCACCGGGUGGAAAGUCGAGUAAAGCAUCCCUCCAAGAUUUGCUGGUAAUUUCCGGUGGCGAUGGGUACGAGGAUUUCCGAAGCGCGGGCAACAACACCAUGAGUGAGGUGGCCGGCCGCGAGGACAGCACCAACCAUCUGCUGCUUUGGAAGGUGUGA